AAGAUUCUGCCAGAAAAGUGCAAUACUCUAUUUUCAGUGUAGCUUAAGUUGAGUUAGGCAUUGCUCACUAAGGAAAGUGAAAUUCCCGUCCAGACUGGCGCAACUGAUGAUGGGCGCAGCGAAGCGGACACUUUUAGCUCCAAAUUGCACACCACAAUUUGUCGCCAGUCGCCUGCAAUUCCUCCGAUUUUUUUAUAAAGUCGAUGACACGGCGCCGGCGAGCUUAGUCAUCAUGUUCGCCCGCAAUCGUAAGCUUCGGCUUGCAUUUGGCCUUAUCUUCUGGACGAGUCUCGCGGUGACCCAAAAAGCAAGUGCCCAAGAUGAAGCGGUCAGCCAGCGGUCGGGAAACCAAUUGGACCUGGCUGGUUCGGCCAUUGCCAAGAGUUUCGAGCCACCGCCCGAAUUCUAUAGGGGUCCAGGCUCAGAAGGGGGAUCGGAAAACAAUACUCCCAUCAGUUCCAGCGGUCAUCCCUCUCUGGGAAGUGUGGGCGAAAGUCUAAGUGAUACCUACAAUAAAUGGCGAGCUGGAGGUGCAAAUCUCCAGGAUCGCAUCAGUGUGGGUCCUUAUGGAGCCGCAGGAGUAGGGGCAUCGCAUGCACCGAAUGUGGGCAGCUUUGAAAGCAAUUCCCACCCGUAUCCCUAUGAGUACUCCCACGGCAGCGGAGGUGGAGGUGGAAUAGGAGGAGCUGGUCUAGCAGGUGGAGCUGCAAGUGGCGCCUAUUUCGGCAGUUCCAGUGUAGAGGCUGGUAUUCCCUUUGAUGUGUAUGGAUCGCGACCGGGUCACGCCGUUGGCCAUGGCCACUAUUCACCGGCCGAGUAUGCGUAUCCGUAUCCUCUGGAUCAACACGAGAUAGCCACGCACAAGGGUCCCGGCUACGGCGACGUAUCCUCCAAAGCACUGCUGGCCAAAAGCUUUCUCAUCCCGUUGGCCAGUGCUGCAGUUCUUGGCAUCGCCGCCGCCCUGGUCAGCAAUCCUCUGCUCCUCCAAUUGGGCACUGUUUCGGGACUGGGGACCAUCGUUGGCAAACGCAAACGACGAGCAGCAGGUCUAAAUCCGACGGCGAGGAAAGUCCAUAAAUACACUUUAUAAAUAUGCCAUUCAUAACAGAAGAAAUGGAAAAUAGGCGGCUGCCUUCAAUGAAUCUCUAUCGACAAGUAACAAUCCGUGAUAAGACUUUGUUGUGGUCAAUUUGGAGAACCAGUCUUCGGGCUUGUAGAAAUUUAUUAUCAUUUAAUCAUUCAUGAAAACGUUAUCGCUGAAAAAUCAAAUCAUUGACCAACAGCGUUCAUUGAAAAAAAGUAAAAAAAAAACCAAAU